GGUCUCAUUUUCCCGCCAUUUCCCUGAAUCUCAGACUGUGCGCCGGAGAGAGGGAAUCCAGAAAUCAAUGGGGAGAGACAAAGAAAAGGAAAAACAAAGACAAAAACGAAAUCCGUCAGAGGAAGUUCUAAAUCUCCUUCGAAGCAGACUCUGUAACCCUAAUUUCAUCUUCAGGCUCUUCUCCGAUUCUCCCGAAAGCAACUACAGCAAGUUGAGGUUUAUAAUAUCAAGUUCAAUCACUGAGGCAUCCAACAAUUCCAUUCUGCUUCUUGGUCCGCGGGGGUCGGGGAAAGUCGCGGUUCUGGAUCUUGUUCUCGGUGAUUUGUUGCAAGAAUAUCCUGAUGCAAUAUCUGUGAUCAAAUUGAAUGGUCUUUUGCACAAUGAUGACAUUAGUGCAUUCAAGGAGAUUGCUAGACAGUUAUGUGUGGAGCAUCAACUGCUGUUCUCAAAAAUGGCAUCGUUUGAUGAUAACUCCCAGUUUAUGAUAGCGAUGUUGCGAGAAUGUGGAUUAGCACAUAAAACAAUCGCCUUUGUACUUGAUGAGUUUGAUCUAUUUGCUCAGGGAAAACAAAAGUUACUCUAUAGCUUACUAGACGCAAUGCAGUCGGUAACAUCACAAGCUGUUGUCAUUGGUGUGAGUUGUCGGAUGGAUGCUGACCAACUUCUUGAAAAAAGAGUGAGAUCUCGUUUCUCACAUAGAAAGCUUUUGUUUCUUCCUCCAUCCAAGGAGGACAUAGAAAGAUUGUUGGACCACCUUUUGGCUUUGCCUUUGGAUUCAAGCCUUCCUCAUAAGUAUGCUGCCGAAUUCAACGGAAAGCUUAAAGCAACUCUAGCAGAUGCGAGAUUCAAACAAAUAAUUGAUACGUAUUUAAAUUCCAAUUUCACUGUUAACCACUUGAUGAGAUUCCUAUUUCAAGCUGUUUCUUAUAUGGAUCUGGAAUCUGGCUUCCUAUCACUUGAGAAUUUCAAAACUGCACUUUCCAGUAUUCAACGGCAGCCCAAGAUGGAAUGCAUCAGAGAUUGUUCCAUAGCGGAACUCUAUCUUCUAGUAUGCAUGAGAAGAUUAGAAGUUAAGGAGCAGAACUCAUACAACUUCCAUUCUGUGAUGACAGAGUACAAGAGCAUACAUGACUCAUUCAAGACAUCCGACUAUUAUUCAAGAAAUGUUUGUUUACGGGCAUUUGAACACCUUCUACAACGGGAGAUAAUUCGUUUUACUGAUACUCGAGGAAGCAGUCAAUCUAUUGAUUUUCGUCCUGUAAAGCUUCUCAUUUCAUCAGCUGAACUUCAUGAGGGAUUGAAAUCAUAUCAUUCCUGUCCAGCAAUGCUUCUCAAACUAAUGGACCAUUAAAAUGUUAAUUCUGAAGUGGCUGGGGCAGUGGUGACAGCCAAUUAACUGCUCCUCAUGCAUAACCAAGGAAAUCAGGGCAACACCAAAGCAUUUUCAUGUUACAAGUCCACCCAUCAUUUUCAGAGACCCAAUAACUUUUUGCUGUUUUACACAGAUGCAUUUGCAUGAAUUCUGUGUUAGAAAUAUGUAAUUUAUGUUUCUUACUUUGUAAAUUGUAAUCCAGUCCAUUGUUUUCAUAUCUGAAAAGGUAGAUAUACUGUUUUUACAUUUUAUUCUACUUUGUAAUUCUGCCCUUAAAUUUUAACACAGAAAUCGUCGAUAAGAUCCUAGGAU